AUGGUUGAUCAUAAAAUCUCAAUAAGCAAAAUUUGUAACAAAGAUAGUGACAUAUGGAAAGAAAAAGGAGAGCUCAAAUCUGGGUACCGUUUUGAAGAACAGAUAGAGAAAAUAAGAAAAAACAAAAGUACAGCGAACCUGGAAGAAUUCACAGGCACAAAAGCACAAAAGGAAAUAUUGACAGAUUACUUUAAUCCUUAUAAGAAAAAGAUCCAUGAGCACCGCCCGCGGCACGUAUCUCCCGCCGGACGCCUCGUUAAAGUAGACAUUGAUCCUCUCCAACUGCGUGUCGGACGACUCAUCGCCCUUGAACUUUCCGGUCGGGUCCACGCCGUGCUCGUCGCAGAUGACCUCCCAGAACUUGGACCCGAUCUGGUUCCCGCACUGACCUCCUUGAAUUUGAUCUCUCUUCCUCUCAAAUGGAUAAAUGAAGGGAGUUGCGAGGUGGUGGGUGGUUAUGAAUGGUGGUGUAGGGAGAGAGAAAAUAGUGGGAAUGGAGAGAGAGGUGAGAUAUUUGAAGAGGCCCGUGAUUUUCUCUGCAGUGCAGUUGGGAUAAAAAUCGUGUCGUGGAGAGAAGUGAGGUGGUGUGCGGGGAGGGAUGGGUAUGACGUGGCACACGUUGAGACAUAG